AUGGAUGCAUUCAGAUUAUUGACGAGGUCGACGAAAUUCAAGUCGGCUGUUGCGCCGGCCAAAGAAAAUGCCGCGCGUCUUCCUUCAACGGGAAAAGCUGCCAAUCCACAGCUCUUCCGCACCGCUGAAGGCGAGAAGCUUGAGUCAGCCCAGAAUGGAAAGAAAAGAAAGCGCAAUGCUGUAGCAGAUGAUCAUCCCGAAGAUAAUGAAGCUGGUCUGGAUUUCUUCAGUUCUACAAAACGUUCUGCGCCGACUCCAGCUGUGAUCACUGUUUCGACCAAGCAUGAACAGGAUCAUGUAUCUGAUCAAGAGGAAUCAGAUGAAGAGGACGAGAUGGAUGAAGUGCAGCGCCGAACUAUUUUGAACUCGCACAAGAUCAAAAUCACUGAUCUGCGUGACUUGGAUAAGAUCCAGGCCCAGUCUGAACCUACCAAGAAGGAAUCCAAGAAGAAAAAGAAGAAGCAAAAGCAGGAAGAAUCGCAUGUGUUGAGCAAGAAGGAGCAGAAGCGCGCAAGACGCAUGUAUCCACAGCCGCUAAUUUCUUUCAAGGAGCUGCGAUCCAAAUACAAAAUCUCUAGCCGGCUCGCCGAGAACGUCGCCGAUCAGGGAUUUACUGUGCCUACAGAAGUACAACUGAGUUCUCUACCUCUGCUGCUAAAAGAGGAGCCUGAUCUGCUGGUCAUUGCUCCGACGGGUAGUGGAAAGACUCUCUCGUUUUUGAUCCCAGUGAUUAACAAGAUCGUUCGGCACCACCACUCGAAGUCUGAUUCUGACGAGCAUGGUAUCCUGUCGAUAGUUGUGGCACCUACAAAAGAGCUGGCAAGCCAGAUUGUCAACGAAGGUCGGAAAUUAGUUGCUGGAACUGGUGUGAAGAUUACCCUGAUGAGGAAGGGCAUGCGAGUGGUGGAUCGAGAGGACGAGGGCAACGUUUUAGAUGAAGACAGCGACGCUUCUGGAUCCGAUGAUGAUGAGGAAUCCGAGAGCAACCCCAAGAAGGCUGCCAGCAUCGUUCCCAUCACAAAGAGCGAUAUCCUUGUUACUACUCCUCUAAUGCUGGUAAAUGCAUUGUCUGCUAAUGAAACAAAAAGUAUGGCACAUUUGCCGUUGGUGCGAAGUUUGGUUCUGGAUGAAGCUGAUGUGCUCAUGGACCCGUUAUUCCGAGAGCAAACCCUCAACAUUUGGCGCUCAUGUGUACACCCCGAUCUACGCGUCAGUCUGUGGUCUGCUACCAUGGGUUCUAACGUGGAAGACCUCACUCAAUCGACUAUUAAAGAGCGCCUAGAAGAUCUUGAGCAACAGCCUAAGACGCCACACCCAUUGGUGCGCCUUGUUGUUGGCUUGAAGGAUUCGGCCAUUCCCAACAUCGAGCACAAACUCGUUUACGCAGCAACAGAGCAGGGUAAGCUGCUCGGUCUUCGCCAGCUUCUGCACCCAGCCGCUGCCUCUGCUUCAGAUGUCCGUCUCCGACCUCCUUUCCUCAUCUUCACUCAAACCAUUCCUCGAGCAAUUGCUCUCCACUCCGAGUUGAAAUACGACAUCCCUACCGAAGCAGGUGGCUCCUCUCGCAUCGCCGUGUUGCAUUCCGACCUCUCCGAUAGUCAACGUUCAGAUAUCAUGCGCGACUUCCGCAAAGGCGAGAUCUGGAUCCUCGUUACUACCGACUUGCUUGCGCGUGGUGUCGACUUCCGUGGGAUCAACGGUGUUGUCAAUUACGAUAUUCCCAAUUCUGCUGCCGUGUAUGUCCACCGUGUUGGGCGAACGGGCCGCGCUGGUCGCGAGGGUGGUAUUGCAGUAACCUACUACACCAAAGAGGACAUUCCGUACGUCAAGAGUAUCGCCAAUGUCAUCGAUGCCAGCGAAAAGCUGCGUGGUGCCCCAGAGAGCGAGAAGUCUAUUCAGAAGUGGCUCCUCAACUCCCUCCCAAGUCUUACCAAGAAGGACAAGCAAGAACUCAAGCAACACGGUGUCAAGGCGCGUCAACUCGGCAAUGGAAAUGGAAAUGACAAGGAGGAUAGCAAGAAUGCGCGCGCAAUGAGAAUCAGUACUAAGAGUGGCUUUGAGCGUCGCAUGGAAAACCGCAAGAAGGGUGCCAUUGCAGCCAGUCGCAAUAGGAAAGCUACAGAGGCAGCAGAAGGCAACGAUAGUGAUGGAGGCAUCUGGGAUGGUCUUGCCGAGUAA